AUGUACAACGCUAGGCCUCUCGCAUAUGCGCCCACGCCUUACAUUCCGCGCUCCAAUCUGGCCGCGACCAUCAAUCUCGACGAGGAAGUCAAGCUCUCAACAACAAACGCGGAGCGCGACUUGAACGAUUCUCUUGCCGAAAUCUACAGCAUCAUCAUCACCCUAGAUGCCGUCGAGAAGGCCUACCUCAAGGACUCGAUUGCCGAAGCCGACUACACAGAGACAUGCAGCCGAUUGAUGAAACAGUACAAAUCCAAUCUCGCCAACGAGACAGUUGCACGGGCAUUCGGUGAUCUGGAUCAGUUCGCCAGGGACUGGCAUAUGGAAUGUCCAAGGGCCGUUGAACGAUUGCGCGUCGGCAUACCCGCCACCGUCGAACAGGGACCAUCGAGACCAGCUCAGCAAGGUGACUUUGGCGAUGCAACACUUGUAGUCAAUGCGACCGAGACCUUUAUUACUCUGCUGGACGCCAUUAAGAUUGGACUUGUGGAAAAGGAUACGCUACAUCCUCUCCUUGUCGAAAUUAUACAAGCGGUUAAUAAGGUGACUGACGUCGAUUUCGAGAACAAGGGCAAGAUUGUCCAGUGGCUGAUUACGCUGAACCAAAUGCGCGCGGCCGACAAGCUGAACGACGAGCAGGCGCGCGAGUUCCAGUUUGAUAUGGAUCAGGCGUAUUACGGCUUCAAGAGCACGCUGAAGAAGGCUUGA